GUGUUCAUGAGUGAAUAUUGAAUCGAAUUAUUCUCUUUGUGUAUUCUUGCUGUAAUCUCGAUCAUUUUCACCUCAUGCCAACACCUCAUGGCCUUCCUGCCUACAGGCAUCGGUCGCUGUCAUUGACCGCACUCAAUGUACCACGCCGAUUUCAUCUACCAAUAAUUCUCUUGCGUGUACUAUGCGUAUUACCUUCUUCUAUUGGCAUCCUCAGAAAUCUCGCUCGAGCAUGGAUCCAACCUCCCUUUGAUGACACUGGCCUAUUUGAUAACAAGAGUACCACUUUGAUAUACAGCUUAGCAAUAGUAUGGUGUGCAUUGGCUGGGUACUGGAGCUGGAUUCUUACCACAAGCAUGCUGCGGCGUUGGCUGUACCAUUACGAGCUCAGCAGUGCUAUCAUACGUUUGAUUACCCUCACAUUUAUCAACUGGUCUUGUUCGGCCUUUAUCAGUUCUCAUUACGGGGCAGAUGAACCGAUUAGAAAAUGGAUGACAAUCUGUCUUAUCUUACUGGUAUCAAAUGUACUCAAACUCAGAUUUGCAUCGAAUGCAAAGUAUCAUCCCAAAUCGAAUGACACACAACAGGAGCCACGCAUAACUCAUCGCUCCACGGCUGUAAAAGUGUUAAUUUUGCCCUUUGCAUUCGUGGUAUUCAUUACAAUGUUUGCAUCCUUGCAUCAAAUCAAUACUAUUCGCACUCAUUCGGCAGAUCUUGUUCAUUACAAACUCGAAACACCUGUAGCCACUCGACAUACUGAAUUAGCAGAGUCAAAGGUGCGAGUCAUGGUGUUCGUAAUAUCCGCCUGGACACCCAAGAGUCUUGAAAAGCGACAGAUAUUUAGAGAGACAUCACUCCAGUUAAAGCCAGCAGAUGACGACCAGGUGUCGUACUUUUAUCGUUUUAUUCUGGGUGAACCCCCGUCUGAGGAAGUUCGACUGAAAAUGGGACCUAAGAUUGAGGCUGAGAAUGCGGCCAACAAGGAUAUGUUGAUCCUUCCUUGCUCUGAUCUCUACAAUGAUCUCAGCAAAAAAGUGUACCAGACCAUGGUUUGGUCAGACCAGUGGAACUUUGACUAUCUUAUCAAGACUGAUGACGAUAUCUUUGUUCGUUGGGAUACAAUUACCAAAGAGUUUAUUACCAUGGGUCGCCAGCAACGUUAUUGGCGGGGACUUAGCUAUUGGAAUAUGCCUCCAAUCCGUAACAAUGACAACAAAAAUGCCGAACUGGACUACACCCUCCCCAUAUUCCCUCCUUAUACUGCUGGUGCUCUCUACAUCCUAUCGCGCGAUGUUGUUCAUCUCAUUGCUGGUGUCGGAGGUCCUAGAAUGUUUGUCCGUAAUGAGGAUCAAAAUCUGGGUAUUUGGUUAUUCCCUUACAACAUCAAACCUAUUUUGGAUCGCCGUAUUCAACAAAUUGAUGUGUGUGAAGAAGAUAUGAUUGCAAAGCAUUUUGGUGAUUUUGGUGAACCAGAUGCCAUUGGUGGAACGAUGCAUCAAAUGCUUGAUAAUUUGCGUAAUGGGCGUAAGAUGUGUACUGGUUUCCGAUCUAGUGUGUGUGGUCUGUGCUAUCCUUGCUAUGGUAAAGGCAAUCACUGGAGAGAUUGGAACUUUGAUUGCGACUCUGUCAAGGGCGUAACUCUUCUCAAACAACCACAGUGGUCAGUUGUAGACUAAACAUUCAAACAAACACAGCAACACAAAAACACACAAACAACACUUACAAUCGAAACAGCUAGGUCUGCUCUUUAACAUAUAUAUAAAUCAUAAAACUUUCUUGUUACAUUUCAGAGUAAAAAAAAAAGGCCAAAGAAGAAGACGAUAAAUAAUGUCUUUUUUCUUCUUUACUUAGAGUAAUUUCAUGUCUUUUUAUUUAAACUUAUAUAAUAUUUUUUUAAUACUUACUCUAUUCUUGUAUUUAUGUAUUUGUAUGUGCUUAGAUUGUCAAAUGUUGUCGAGCAUUUGAUAUAGCCAAUAUCUACCUCAUUACAAGUAAAAUAGACCAAUUUUCGCUUCUUACACAAAUGAUUUAACAAAUAUACAUAUAUAUGUAUAGUGUGUGUCUACGUGUUUAUUUUAUCUUCAGUUAAAAUAAAUACCAUAUUCUCUUGUGCAAUAUCUUUGAGUAAAUAAAAUAAUACAUUAUCCCACUCUU